AUGACGACGGCGUGGUGGUGGUUCGUCGCCAUGAACGCGGUCGUCGUGGCUAUCGCCGUGCUGUCCACCUCCUGCGCACGGCCACGGCCAUCUCUUCCACCGACGCCACGCCACCGCGCCUCCGUGGUCACGCGCAGGGCCUCCUCGGCGUCGGUGGUGCUGCAGAGCCUCCUCUCUUUCUCCAUCUUCUCCUUCCCGUCGGCAUCCCUGUCGUCGUACCUCCACCCCGACGCCGCCGCUGCCGCUGCAACCACCGACCAAGAAACAGAAACAGAGGAGCUGGUGGCGCGGUCACCACCGCCCAUCAAGCCGUCACCGUCGGCGUCACCGCGCGCGCUCCAGCUCACGCCGCCGCCGCCCCCGCCGGCGGAUGACGAGGAGGAGGAAGAGGAGGAGGACCCGAACGCGAUGAGCAUGGACGAGGCUUACGCGCUGGUCCUGGGUUCGCAGCAGCGGCCGGAGCGGGAGAGGGAGGAGGAGGCCAGGAGGUCGGAGGUGGACGCCAAGGCGGAGGAGUUCAUCCGGAGGUUCAAGGAGGAGCUGCGGCAGCAGCGGCUCGACUCCAUCUCCAACUACACGCAGAUGCUCAGACGGCGUGUGCCCGCCUCCAGGCCGCCGCCGGCCAGGAUUCCCCGGCCAGAUCGCUGA